AUGGCGGAUGCUGUAGGGACGGAUGAGGCCGAUGACCGUUCUUGGUCGUCGUGGAGCUCAGCUUUCGAGCCACAGCAACCGGAGCCUCCUCUCCCGUCCGUGAAGAAGCGUAAGAAGAAAAAGACAAGGAAGGCCGGGAAGACCUCUCGUAAGAGGCAUAAGGCCCGGCGGGUGAGUCCCGCGCCUGAUUCGGACAGUUCGGCCAUCGAGGCCAGGACGGAAGUCCUACAGGAGGUGGGGGCUCGACAGCCAACAGUGUCGGCUACGGCUUCGUCGGGGGAGCUCAGGCUACCCCUUGAUGGUGAUACUGCUACUGAGGACUUGCUUGACAUCGAUUCGCAGUCUGCAGGUACUUAUACGGUGGAGGAUCACACUGAGGCAGUCAUGCACCAUGCUAGGCGGGCUCGUGGAAAUCCCAAGGCCGCCGCUAAAAUGCUGCAUCGAGUCAGCUGUGUAUUGACAUCGUUGUGUGUUGCGGCGCUUAGGUCGGGACGCCUGCGUGCAGAGAUAGCGCUCGGGACCUCGAGCGAAAACAUGCGCAAGAGCGCUCUCGAUGUGAGUGUGUACGCCAGAGGGAUGUUCCCCUGGCCAAUGGGACCGAUGGGGCCGAUGAUGCCCCCAUACGGUAGUGAGAGGCGUCGGCGCCGUCGGCGCUCUCCCUCGAGUAGCUCUGAGCGCUCGAGGAGCAGAAACCGCGAUCGCAGACGCGGCCGGGAAUCAAGAUCGGGGGGAGCGCGAGCUGCUGAGCCUUUUCCCCCGCCAUUGCCUCAGCUGCCGGCAGCAGCGCCGGGAUAUGAAUGGAGGCAAGUACCAGUGGUGCCGGUGCAGCCACCUUUGCCGCCUCCCUCGACACCUGCCCCGAUUGCUCCUGCUGUGCAUGUGCCUCAGCAGCAGACUACGUGGACUCGCCAGCCCUGGCGAGGAGGAGGCCAGCAGAAGCAGGGCCAAUGGAACAAGCGCUGGAACCAGUGGCAUCGGUCCAGCCAGGGGUCGGGUGAGCCUCGAGAGUCGGGCCGUCGGUCCUCUUGGACGGAUCCAGACCAUCACAACAUUCAGGAGGCCACUCCUUCUGAAGUGGCCGCGGCCGACGCCCGUAAGGCUGCUAAAGAGGUUGAUCAGGACGAGGCCGACGACGAAGCGUCGUACCUCGCAGCUCUGUGGAAGUCGGCGGAGGAUCAAGCGCGCGCAGACCCCACUCGCCCAUUGUCAGCUCGGGAACUGGCAGAGCAGGGAAAACUGCAGUGGUGGUGGAAGAUGCCUUGGAAGGCCAUCGCCGAGAAGUUCCCCGACACGGCUGCAUACAAGGAAUUCUUGGAAGGACUUGAAGGUCCGAUACCGGCCUCUGUGAUAUCCCGAGUGGCCACGGUCCUUGCUGCCUUUCGGGCUUACGGCCGCCCCCUCGAGGGGGAGAAUCCUGUGGCGGGCGUCGUCGGACCCGAUGCUCACAUUUUUCGGGUGCCUGGGCAACGAAUUUUGAUCUUAUCCUGCGAAUUGCGCGGGCCAAGCUAUAUCCGCAAUCCGAACUCGGAACACUCUGCUAUCAUGGCUCAUGGUACCUCUUUCCCAUCUUUAGUCGGCGUGGCGGAGAUAGGGGAGAUCGCAGUGAACGAUUAUCGCGAUCAGGGAAUUCCCUGCUUCGGCUUUUCGGCACGAGGUUCAUUGGUCGGACUGUCGCGAGAUGCACUGGAAAGUGCAGCGACAAAAUGCGCGAGUCGGGCUAAAGCCCUGGGUGGUGCGAUUAUCCUCGUAGAGUGCGAGUUGCCACGGGGCACCCCCUCUCCUUGGGAACAGCCGGCUAUGCUGUGCAUAUUCGAUCCAUUGAAGGCGGCUUUCCCUCAGGGCUUGAACUUGCCUUAUCAGGGAGUGGUCCCUGCGUCGCCUGUUCCUCAGACGGCAGCACAGCCUUCAGAUUCCGGAAAUUCGGUGACGAGUGGAUCUCAUUGUCAGGCAUGGACCCGUGCAGUCAAGGCAAAAAGAUGGCCUAGGGCCGCGGAUCGUCGUGAAGAGGCGUACCGCCGGGUCCUCACAUUACUUCAUGCCUUUUCCAGUUUCAUUGACCUGUGUACUUUGAUGGCGGAUGACGAGGAGGACGGCCCGGAUUCUGUCCAGGCAGUUUUGGCAGGGAAAUCACCGAAUACCAUCUUGAAGCAUGUGGGUCCGGUCCGUACUUUUUGCGAGUGGCUUUUGAAAGCAAGUCAUACUCCGCCUUUUGCGGAGAAAGUAUUGUGGUCUUUUAUCCAUUGUGUCCUCAAGAUGCCUAAGACCGCGGCCACCACACUGGACAGUAGUCUGCGUGCUAUCAAGUGGAGUUAUUAUACCUUGGGACUACGUGUUCAACUAGAGGUCUUCAGCAGCCCUCGAAUUCAUGGUGUGGUGAAAAAGGCGCUACAGACUAAAAACCCGUGGUGCCCGGCGUCGCCCCUCAAGGUGUCCGAAGUUCUCCAGUUGCACGCGAUCUGUUGUGAUCGUGAUAUCUCUGUCAUUGAUAGAUGCGGGGCGGCACAUUUCCUUGCUAUGCUCUACGCGAGGGCGCGAGCAUCGGACAUCCGGUGUGUCAAAAGUAUCUUGAUAGACGUGCACAACGAAGACUGGAGUUCGGGCUUCAUUGAACUAGGGACGCUUGAACACAAGACGUCUAGGCUGGACACUCAACGACGCCGCAUACUGCCUCUGGUGAUUCCCGGCCAGGGUAUUGCUAAAACGCCUUUUGGUCAACUCCUCCUGGACAUUAGGGCUGAGGCUGGUUUGCCGAACGAUCAGGCGGAUGUCCCAUUCUUACCGGCACCUCUGCCGGAUGGAUCUUGGUCUUCAGACCCGUUGUCUAGUAGCGAGAUUACCAGGUGGCUGAGGUAUCUACUGCCACGUCCAUCGACGGAACAGGCCGUCAGUUCGCACUCAUUGAAGGUUACUUCACUUGUUUGGUGUAGCAAAUUUGGGAUGCUCCGCGAGACCAAGCGAGUUCUAGGCCAUCACGCGGAUGCAGCGACUGGCAGCGAUGCAGUUUAUGGGCGUGAGUUGCAGAGCGCAGCGCUACGUGAGUACGUUGUCGUAUUGGAUGCAGUGGCGACGGGUAAGUUCCUGCCGGGCCAGACUCGUUCGGGUCAUUUCUCAUCAGGUUGGACUCGGGAGUCCAUCUUGCAGGCGGCUGCUUUUCCGCAGGACUCGGAAGUACUGCAGGUGGCUGUGGAAGAUGACCAAGAUGAGGCUUUGGCUGUGGUUUCUGAUGUUUCAGACUCUGAUGAAGAAGCCCCGGAGGAACAAUCUUUCUGGGCUGAUCCGACUAGCCAGGUCCUGCAUCGCACGACUUUGGGGUCGGCAAUGUUUUUGUGUGGCCGAGCUUUUGGCGAUCAUUAUCGGCGCAUUCCUAUGGCUCGGGCGCAAGCGCACCCGCAAUGUGCCAAAGCUGCUUCCUCGCUAGCUUUUUCGGUUGCCAGGUACUUAGCCAUGACGAGUUCCGUAGAUUCGGCGCCUUUCUUUGUGCAGCGAGCGGAUGAAAUCUCGCUUGCCAAGCGAGUAGUGGAUGCCUUGAAAGGUAAAGGGGUCACCACUUUGGCCCAGCUGGCCUUCUGUGUCGGACAACCGGGACAGGUGCUAUCUCAGACUGAGUUUGACACGUGGAGCGAGGCCAUGUUGGUAGGCAUCACGGCGCCUGAUCUGGAAGCUCAGACCAUGCUAGUGGCUUCUUUGAAGGAUCUGGCAGAACCUGCUGAACACGCUUCCCCUAAAAAGGUGGGGGUAGCCGAGCGGAAUGCUCGCAUGGAUCAGCUUCGGACUCAGCUCGCCGGAGUGUCGCUCACUGGACAGCUUGAGCCGAGUCAUGCAUUACUUGACAUGGCCGUUCAGCAGUGGGAGAGUCGCUGCCUGAAGUACAUUGGUCCAGAGAAGUGUCAUAGCCGCGAGGAUGAGGUUCAGAACGUUAAGCCUUUGACCACCAGUCUCUCCUUGGAAGGCGGUAAGCUGAAGGUUACGGAGGCUGCUGGUAUGGAUGAUCGUGACAUUGAGGGCUCUUUGCAGGUCCUUAAUGCCCUGCGCCGCAGAGGAGUGGCUUACGCAUUUGCUCGCUUGAUCAGUUGGGAAAGACAUGAAGCUUAUGUUUCUUCCUUGUUCAGGUAUUUGACCAAGCCCGCUCAGCCUGGUUACAGGAAGGUGUCUCUUCGUCAGAUCUUGCGGGCUGACAAGCUUGCCUUCUCCAAGUUGUCGGAGGCAGGUGAGGACAUCCGGGCAGAUGCUUCCGCGAUCGGGGCUAUCCUUCACGAUUAUGACCUAAUUGUAGCUCUUCUGCCUAUGGGCGAUUUGGAUGGUAAGGGCAAGAAUGCUAAUGGCCGUGGUGGGCGCCCGGGUCCUUACAGCGAUAAUGCGCCCUGA